AUGGCGCGCAGGCCGGGGGCGGAGGAGGAGAGGCCGUGGGGGCUGGCUGAACACGGGAGGCUGGGGAAACGGAAGGUGGUGGGCGUGGUGGUGCUGGACGGAUGGGGCGAGGCGCCGCCCGACCCCUUCAACUGCAUCCACGUCGCCGACACCCCCACCCUCGACGCCCUCAAGAAGGGUGCUCCGGAGAGGUGGAGGCUGAUCAAAGCUCACGGCACGGCCGUGGGGCUGCCUACGGAUGAUGACAUGGGGAACAGCGAGGUCGGCCACAAUGCGCUUGGAGCCGGCCAGAUAUAUGCCCAGGGUGCAAAACUGGUGGAUUUGGCGCUUGACUCUGGGAAGAUAUAUGAGGGGGAGGGUUUUAAGUACAUCCAGCAGUCUUUUGACACCGGUACUUUGCACCUCAUUGGUUUGCUGAGCGAUGGGGGCGUGCAUUCAAGGAUCGAUCAGCUGCAGCUGCUUCUGAAGGGGGCUAGUGAACAUGGAGCGAAGAGGAUACGGGUUCAUAUCCUUACCGACGGUCGCGACGUAUUGGAUGGAAGCAGUGUCACAUUCGUGGAAACGCUUGAGAAUGAUCUGGCUAAGCUACAGGAGAAGGGUGUUGAUGCAAGGAUUGCAUCUGGUGGAGGCAGGAUGUAUGUUACAAUGGACCGCUAUGAGAAUGAUUGGCAAGUUGUGAAGCGUGGCUGGGAUGCCCAGGUUCUUGGUGAAGCCCCACACAAGUUUCCAAGUGCCCUUGAAGCCGUGAAGAAGCUGAGGGAUGAUGAUCCCAAGGCCAACGACCAGUAUUUACCCCCGUUCGUCGUCGUCGAUGAAAGCGGAAAACCUGUUGGGCCCAUAGUGGAUGGAGACGCUGUUGUGACAUUUAACUUCAGAGCUGAUCGAAUGGUGAUGCUCGCAAAGGCGCUAGAGUACGAGGACUUGGACAAAUUCGACCGUGUCAGAUUCCCGAGGAUUCGCUACGCCGGUAUGCUUCAGUAUGACGGCGAACUAAAGCUCCCAAGUCAUUACCUUGUUGCUCCCCCGGAGAUAGAGAGGACGUCCGGCGAGUACCUGGCGCACAAUGGCGUACGCACCUACGCUUGCAGCGAGACAGUGAAAUUUGGUCAUGUCACCUUUUUCUGGAACGGGAAUCGGUCGGGCUACUUCAACCCAAACCUGGAAAGGUACGAAGAAAUUCCCAGUGACACUGGUAUACCCUUUAAUGUACAGCCAAGAAUGAAGGCCGUGGAAGUUGCAGAGAAGGCACGGGAUGCCAUCCUCAGUGGCAAAUUUGAUCAGGUACGGGUAAACAUCCCGAAUGCAGACAUGGUUGGGCACACAGGUGACCUUGAAGCCACCAUCGCUGGGUGCAAGGCCGCUGAUGAAGCCGUCAAGAUUAUUCUUGACGCCAUUGAACAAGUAGGUGGCAUCUUCGUGGUCACCGCUGACCAUGGCAAUGCCGAGGACAUGGUGAAAAGAGACAAAUCCGGGAAACCGAUUCGCGACAAAGACGGGAAUGUGCAGCCCCUUACCUCACACACACUGAAUCCAGUCCCCAUCGCCAUCGGAGGUCCAGGGCUUGCGCCAGGGGCUACAUUCCGGGAGGACCUUCCGGAUGCCGGGCUCGCUAACGUCGCGGCGACACUCAUCAACCUCCAUGGUUUCGAGGCCCCUCGUCACUAUGAGCCAACUCUCAUCCAAGUCUCGCCGGUUCCCUUCUGA